AUGGCCUCCGCCGUGCGCACCAUCCUCGAGUGCAUAGGCGAGGACCCCGACCGGGAAGGCCUCCUCAAGACGCCAGAGCGCUAUGCGCAGGCCCUUAUGUGGAUGACCCGCGGGUACGAGGAGCGCCUGGUAGAUGUGAUCAACGACGCGGUGUUUGCCGAAGAUCACGACGAGAUGGUUCUCGUCCGCGAGAUCGACAUCUCGAGCCUGUGCGAACAUCACCUCGUCCCUUUCACCGGCAAGGUCGCCAUUGCAUACAUACCCAACCGCCUCGUCCUCGGCCUGUCCAAGCUCGCACGCAUCGCAGAAACAUUCAGCCGCCGCCUGCAGGUCCAGGAGCGGCUCACAAAGCAGAUCGCCAUUGCCGUCCAGGAGGCCAUCAAGCCCCGCGGAGUCGCAGUCGUCAUGGAGGCAACGCAUAUGUGUAUGACGAUGCGGGGCGUACAAAAACCAGGCUCGAUCACCACGACGUCCUGCAUGCUCGGCUGCUUCCGGACACAGCAGAAAACGCGCGAAGAGUUCUUGACCCUCAUCAAACGAUGA